AUGCAUAGCUCCAGACAUGUACAGUAGGUAAAAGGUAAAAGUAAAGGACCCCUGGAUGGUUAAGCCCAGUCAAAGGCGGCUAUGGGGUUGCAAUGCUCAUCUCGCUUUCAGGCCGAGGGAGCCAGCAUUUGUCCAGAGACAGCUUGGGCGGGGUAUAAAUAUUAAAUAUUAUAAAUUAUUAUAAAUUAUUAUUUCUGGGUCAUGUGGCCAGCAUGACUAAACCGCUUCUGGUGCAACGGAACACCGUGACGGAAGCCAGAGCACACAGAAAUGCCGUUUACCUUCCCGCCGCAGCAGUACCUAUUUAUCUACUUGCACUUGUGUGCUUUCAAACUGCUAGGUUGGCAGGAGCUGGGACAGAGCGACGGGAGCUCACCCCGUUGCUGGGAUUCGAACUGCCGACCUUCGGCAAGCCCAAGAGGCUCAGUGGUUUAGACCACAGCGCCACCCGCAUCCCUAUGUACAGUACAGGAUAUUGCAAUCCACAGUUGAAGUCAGUAAUCUUUCUGAAUACUAGAUACUGGAAACAACAGAAGGGGCGUGGGCUCUUGUACUCAGAUCCUGGUUGCAGGUUUCCCACCGGCCUCUGGCGAGCUACUUUGAGAACAGGGUCCUGGAUUGCAUGGGUCAUUGGCCUGAUCCAGCAGACUCUUCUUAUGUCCUUACUUUGUUAUGUUCUCAGGGAAAUGUGACAGUGUAGUAAUUCUAUAAUAGAACAAUGUCUUGGCUUUGUAGGACUUGGCAGCGCUCCCAUUUAGGACAGAGAGAAAUUGGCAGAAGGCAAAAGGAGUCUUUCCGACCUGUUAGAAGCUUCUGUGAAAGAAAUAUGGGUAAGGAAGACUCAGUUGCCGCUGAAGCAGGAAGAGGACAUGAGCCCAUCAAGACUGGGAGUGGUGGGGGAUUCUGGGAAGAAACAGUGCAGAAGAUGCUGGGUAAAGAGGACAAGCUCAACUCAGAUGUACAAUGCCAGUGUUUCAGGCAUUUCUCCUACCAGGAGGCUGCGGGGCCUCGAGAGGUUUGCAGCCAACUCCACCGUUUUUGCCAUCAGUGGCUCAAGCCAGAGCAGCGCACGAAAAAUCAGAUGCUUGACCUGGUGAUCCUGGAGCAGUUCCUGGCUGUUCUUCCACCAGAGAUGGAGAGCUGGGUGAAAGAGUGUGGAGCGGAGACCAGUUCCCAGGCGGUGGCCCUGGCUGAAGGUUUCCUCCUGAGCCAGGCAGAGGACAAGAAGUGGGAAGAGCAGCAGGUGAGAGCAUUUAAAGUAGAUAGAACCAACAUGAGGGCAGAUAUCCUGAACAUUUAUCUCUCAAAAUUGUCCCAACUUUUCCAGGAAAGCAUCCAAGGAAGGAUAGCCAAUGCCAGUAUUUUAUUUUAUUUUUGCCUCUGCCACUCUUUUUCUAAUCCUUCUGUCCAUUUGAUGUCUUCAAUACUUGUUGCUGUUUCAGGUAAAGGGUCUGUUUACAGAAGUAAGCACUGGUUGUCCUGAGGCAGAGAGGUCUCCACUGAAUUCCAGACAGAGGCCACCAGGUAAGGAUCACUGUUGUAUCUCCAUUUGGUGUCCCUCUCUCCAUUGUGAAAUAAUUAUCUGGGCUCCUUGAUCCUUUGAGAGAAGACACUUGUCUCCAGCCUUUCCCACAACUCAAAAAUGUGAUUACUUGCAACAUUCCUCUACUUUAUACACGGGGACUGCACUUUGUUUUGCAGCCAAGAGCCCAAAGGGCAAGAGAUGCUUUUUCACACAACUGAAAUAUAAAAUGGGUAGAAACACUUAGCAGGUAGGAUUUUUCCCAAGGCCCAAGUAUAGUUAAGACAUACAUCGCUGAAUCUCUGUGUUGUGCUACCAGCUUCCCACUUACCUAUUGUUUCUCCCAGGUGACCAAACAAUGCCAGUAAAACCUCAACAACCACUUCAUAUUCACGGUGGAAGGGAAGCAGCUUCUUUGACGCUGGAUCAGGUAAGGGGACAGGUCAGUGGGGAAAGAGACUCCUCUGCUCAGCUCCCCGAAUCUCUCCAUCUCUUCAUUUUUAAAAAGCAUUUUUAAAAGGCUACUCAAGGAAGGUUUAAAUGCGGAGAAUAAUGAUUAUGCAGAAUAAUGAUAUCACAGAGCAAUGGAUGAGAGGAAUAAUAAAUCAGUAAUCAUAGAAUUGUAGAGUUGGAAGGGACCCCAAGGGACAUCUAAUCCAAUCUCCUGCUAUGCAGGAAUCCUGCCCACAGCCAUCCCUGGGUAGGCUUGAACCACCAAGCUUCUACAGUGGUAUCUUGGUUCAUGAACUGAAUCCGUUCCGGAAGUCCAUUCGACUCCCAAAACCAUUUGAAAACCAAGACACAGCUUCCGAUUGGCUGCAGGAGCUUUCUGCACUGAAGCGGAAGCCACGUCGGACAUUCAGCUUCCAAAAAACUUUGCAGCUUUAGAAGCUCUAAGCCCUUAAAAGAUUUUGGUUCCUCCCCCCUCCAUAUAUAGCUAAAUCAAAAUAUAAACAAUAGUAAACCAUAAAAUACCGUAUUUUUUGCUCUAUAAGACUCACUUUUUCCCUCCUAAAAAGUAAGGGGAAAUGUGUGUGCGUCUUAUGGAGCGAAUGCAGGCUGUGCAGCUGUCACAGAAGCCAGAACAGCAAGAGGGAUUGCUGCUUUCACUGCGUAGCGAUCCCUCUUGCUGUUCUGGCUUCUGAGAUUCAGAAUAUUUUUUUUCUUGUUUUCCUCCUCCAAAAACUAGGUGUGUCUUGUGGUCUGGUGUGCCUUAUAGAGUGAAAAAUAUGGUAAUUUCUUAUUUUUUGAAAUGAAUCAAAACCUACAGUAAGAUGGAAAAUAAUGUUUAUUUUUGUAUGCUUCCACUUUAUUUAUAUUUGGGGGCUGUAUUCCUUACUUCUUCUAAUUGCAAAAAUCAUGGUAAAUGUGGCAAUGGAAAAUUUUUCCCCUUUCUUUGAUGCUGUAAGGACGUGCUUAUUUUGCUUAAUAGUUAAUCUAGCCCUGAUUUGAGGUUCCAUGGCAGUCACGGGUUAUAUCUUCUCCUAAAACAUAGACAUACGUAAAAUUUUAUCCACAAAACAAUACAACAAUUGGUAGUAGAUAACCUUUAUGCUAUCUUUGAGGAGGAAGAAAUGUUUCUUUUUCUUUGCAGGGUCCCGUGACCUUUGAAGAUGUAGCUGUGUAUUUCACGGACGAAGAGUGGGCGCUGCUAGAUUCCAGCCAGAGAGCUCUGCAUAACAAGGUCAUGGAGGAGAACUGUGGGAUCAUGACCUCUCUCAGUAAGGCUCCUGUUGGGGUGUAAUAUCUAUUUUGAAAACCAGAAGCUUGAACUGGGGUACAUUAUUGAGACCUGAGUGGCAGAGUUGGCUGGGCCACUUUUGAUUCAGCUUUGCCCACCCAAAUACUUGGUGGGAUUAUCAGCCCAGACUAGAGGGACAGGGAGGAGAUGUUUCUGUAGUUCACAGGAGUUCAUUUACUACCAAAUCCCUCUCUCUUGGUGUGUGGGACUGGACUGGAGGCCCUUCAUCUGAUGCUGGGUCAAAGAGAUAGGCUAGAGAUGUUGUUGCUCUUCAGCCUCCCCAACCAAGCUGGCUGAGUUUGUUUCGGGUGUGAUGCUGGAGGAUUCCAGAACUGUGGAUUUGGGUAACUUCAGUAUCCAUGCUAAGAAUUCUUCAGGAUCGGCUUGGGAGUUCAUGGCCUCCAUGGGCAACCAUAGACCAGAGGUUCUCCAUGCAAAUUACAUCCUCUGCCAGUGAAUUAUGGGGGCUAUCCUUUUUAUUUUUUAUUCUAUGACAUUUGUAUCAUUAUGCAUGUGCUUUUGUUCCAUAUACCUGCACAACAACCUUGUAACCCAGGCUAAGCUGAGAGAGAGAAAGAGAGAGAGUGUAAUUCAGCCCAUCAAAUGAACUCCAUCCCUGAGAUGGAAACAAAAAGGUAAAGGUAAAGGGACCCCUGUCAAUUAAGUCCAGUCGCUGACAACUCUGGGGUUGUGGCACUCAUCUUGUUUAAAGGUCGAGGGUUAAACUGCUAGGUUGGCAGGAGCUGGGACUGAACAACAGGAGCUCACCCCGUUGCGGAGAUUUGAACCGCCAACCAUUUGAUCGGCAAGCACAAGUGACACAGUGCCACCCACGUCCCUGAUGGAAACAAAACCCAGGUCCAAAUCCAACAUUCUGUAGAACAGCAGAUGUCAGCAACAGAGGCAGUAAGAUCUGCCUCUCAUCUAAGUCCCUUCAGUUCUUUAUCACAAAUGUUUAUUAGCAUUGUUCAGUAAUUUGGGUCUCCAUUUCCUCCUAAGGCUCUAAUGAGUGUCUGUCUUCUUUGCAGAAGGUGAUGAACUGGAAAUGAAGAAUAAGGAAGACCACAACAAACUCCUCACAGUGGAGAAGCCAUAUCUAGAGAGUGGAGGGAGCUUUGGCCAGAGUCUCGAUCUUCACAGAGGGGAGAAACCAUAUAAGUGUUUGGAAUGUGGAAGGAGUUUCACUUGGAAGAAAAGCCUCACCUCUCAUCAAAGAAUUCAUGCAGGGGAGAAACCACAUCAAUGCUUGGAAUGUGGAAAGAAGUUUUAUACAAGCACAAAUUUCCAUCGUCACAGAAGAAUUCACAGUGGGGAGAAACCAUUUCAGUGUUUGGAGUGUGGAAAGAGCUUUAACAGAAGCACAAACUUCUAUCGUCACCGUGUUAUUCACAGUGGGGAGAAACCAUUUCAGUGUUUGGAGUGUGGAAAGAGCUUUGUUCGGAAGAGUGAUAUCACUUCCCAUCAAAGAAUUCACACCGGGGAGAAACCAUAUAAAUGUUUGGAAUGUGGAAAGAGCUUUAUUCAGAACUCCCAGCUCACUUCCCAUUUAAGAAUCCAUACAGGGGAGAAACCAUAUCAAUGUCUAGAAUGUGGAAAGAGCUUCAACAAAAGCACAAACUUCCAUUCUCAUCAAAAAAUCCACAGCGGGGAGAAGCCCUAUCAGUGCUUGGAAUGUGGAAACACAUUCCGCCAGAAGAAAAAUCUCACUUCCCAUGAAAGAAUUCACAGUGGGGACAAACCAUAUCACUGCCUGGAAUGUGGAAAGAGUUUCCGUCACAGCAUUGGCCUUACUAUACAUCAGAGAAGCCACACAGGAGAGAAACCGUAUAAAUGCUUGGAAUGUGGAAAGAGCUUCUGCAAUAGCUUAAGCUUUAUUAUACAUCAGAGAAGCCACACAGGAGAGAAACCAUAUAAAUGCUUGGAAUGUGGAAAGAGCUUCAGUCAAAGCUCCAAACUCACUUCCCAUCAAAGAAUUCACACAGGGGAGAAACCAUAUAAGUGCUUGGAAUGUGGGAAGAGCUUCCAUCAGAAGUCAAAUCUUACUUCCCAUCAAAGGAUUCAUACUGGGGAGAAACCAUAUAAAUGCUUAGAAUGUGGAAAAGGCUUAAGCUGCAAGAAAAGCCUCACUUCCCAUCAAAGAAUCCAUGUACAAGAGGAAUCAUAA